GUACCUGGACCAAGGUGUGGCAGUUGCAUUGGUUCUGCCAUGUCACAUUUGUUUUCUUUUGGGGUCCAUAUGGCUCACCUGUGGCUGCUGGUGGUCAUGACCUGGGGUCUCCUGGUUUGGGGAUGGGAUCAGGAAGGUGAAACAUCACUUUCUGUAGAACUGAAACCCGAGACUGGGGUGUUGGAUGAUGACAAUGACGGCGAAGGGACUUUACCUGAUCCUGAGGAACCCCAUCUGGGAAAGGGAAGUUGGGCAACAAGCAGAACUCAGGAGGACUCUGUCGAACCCUCCCCAAGGGUAUGUAAGAGCGCCACUGAUCCAAGUCAAGUUGAUUCCACCCCGAGCCCAUUGCCUCGCUCAGGCGUUACACCCAGGGCACCCGCGUCAAGGUGUCGCACACCGCCACCCCUGCAAACGCCACCAAGGGCUCAACGUGAGUGCAAAGUGGAGUCAGUUUGCCAUUUAGGGGUAGAUUGGUUUAAUUGGUAUUGUGACUAUUUUGGAAAAAUGUCUCCUAAAAUUUUGAACAUCCCUGAUUUAAUUUCAGACUGUACCGUGGCCCCCGAAGAACAACUGCUUUGUGGCCAUUUCGGAAUUUUACCCGUUGACUGCGAGGCCAUGGGAUGCUGUGUGAAUCCAACUUUGCAUACAUGCUUCUAUCCAAUGGAUGAGUGCACGGUAGAUCUCCAUUUUGUUUUCAUUAUCCGGUCCACAUACGGAUCCAUGCCUGUUGACCCCACCCAUCUUGUGAUUCCCGGAACAAAGUGCAAACCCGCUGUGGUGAAUUCCAACUUUGCCAUCUUUAAGUUUAAAGUAACCGAGUGUGGAACGCAUAUGUAUGAAAUUGGAUUGACAAGGUUCUACCUGGCUGAGGUCCAGACACUAGUCCAAGCUCUCAGGCUCAAGUAUGGCAUCAUCACAAGAACUGAUCCAUUAAGGUUCCUGGUGGAGUGUCGCUACGGAUUGGCUGCCCGUGACCAGCAGCCGUUGGCCAGCGUCGGCUUCAUGGUGAAGAUCCCAAGUCGCAAUGUGCCGACGUCCAUCUACUCUGAUGGUUUAUACGGUGUUCAAUUGAGGAUCGCGACAGAUAAGACCUUUUCUACUUUCCUGCCUUCUUUCCCUAAAUUGCGCUACAUCCUUGGCAAACCUGUGUAUUUGCAGCUGAGACUGUUUUCUCCCAAACCCAAAGCGACCAUUCUGGUCAAGUACUGUCUGGCGUUCCCUCGCUCAGCAAAAAAUGCCCUGGUGCUCGUUUACGAAGGGUGUGCCAAUCCUUAUGAUCCAAGUGUGGCUAUUCUGCAAGUGAGUGAUUUGCCCCAAAAUCGCCAUCAGAGAAAUUUUGAGGUCAAGGCAUUCCAAUUUAUGGAUGUUAAGACUAAGAGGUACCUCGAUGAGCAAAUCCACUUUAUGUGCUCUUCUGAGGUUUGCUGGUCAGAUGAGAAACUUUGCGAAGAGCGCUGCUUUGAUGGAAAAGUGAGAUUGUAAAUAUUGCAGGAUGGUGUUAGAGUAAAAAUAUUUUAAUGUUACUUUUUUUGCAGGAAUCUUAAGGACUCGUAGCCUAUGGACGAAAACCUACUUUUUAUUGUACAUUAAAUAAAGCUGCCAAAUGUA